GAGCAUGGAGAGCAGGGAGGACAAAUGCCCGCGGCAGAACCUGGUGGAAGAGGCCGCUUUGAGCAGCUCCACAGCGCAGGAAGCCAACGGGGAGGAAAAGCCCCGGAGAUGCCGCACGAGGAGGGGCUGCAAACGCAGCUGGCGGGGAUCUGAGGGGGAAAGAGCCAGCCUGGGCCGGGUAGGUGGCCGGAGAUGGAGCCAGAGCUCGGAGCUGGUGCUCCGUGAGCAGCUCCAUGAUGGGGAGAAGCCCCACACGUGCGUGGAUUGUGGGAAGAGCUUCAGAUGGAACUCCGAACUGAUCAAGCACCAGAGGAUCCACACUGGGGAACGUCCCUACGAGUGUGGGGAGUGUGGGAAGAGCUUCAGCCAGAGUUCCCACCUGAUCAACCACCAGAUGAUCCACACUGGAGAAAGGCCGUACAAGUGCUCCGAGUGUGGGAUGUGCUUCAGAGAGAGCUCCGGCCUGAUCACGCACCUGAGGACCCACACUGGGGAGAGGCCCUAUGGGUGUUCCAAGUGUGGGAAGAGGUUUCAGAGCAGCUCCAAUCUCCUCAAGCACUAUCGGAUUCACAGGGAGGAGAAGCCCUUCCAAUGCCCUGACUGCGGGAAGGGAUUCAAGCACAACUCCACCCUCAUCAGGCACCUGCGCAUCCACACCGGGGAGAGGCCCUACGAGUGUGAUAAAUGCAGGAAGAGGUUUCCUACCAGCUCCUGUCUCCUCCAGCACUAUCGGAUUCACACAGAGGAGAGGCCUUUCCGCUGUCCCGACUGCGGGAAGGGAUUCAAGCACAACUCCACCCUUGUCACCCACCGGCGCAUCCACACUGGGGAGAGGCCCUACGAGUGUCCCCAGUGUGGGAAGAGCUUCUCACAGAGCUCUCACUUGACCCGACACCAACGGAGGCACCAGUAAAGGAAGCCCUGUGAGUGCCCCAAGUGCGAGCAGAGCUUCGUGCGCUGCUCCAGCUCCAUCCCCCACUGGAGGAGGCACUUUGGGCACAGCCCUGGUCACUCACAUUCCCUGUGAUCCAUGUUGGGAACACACCUGGCUGCUUCGCCUUUUGGUUUGGCCUUAAUUUU